AUGGAGUUGUGGGAGGAGCGUCUCUUGGAGCCGCGUGUAAGCGUAGACCUCAUAGGGGCUAUUCACCCAGUAUUCAGAGAGUGGGUGGACCGAAAGAAAGGCGCCCUCUCGUUCCGCCUCACACAGGUGCUGACCGGGCACGGCUGCUUCGGUCGGUACCUGUGCGAGAUCGUCGGAAGGGAGGAGACGACGCGGUGCCACCACUGUGACGACGAAAGGGACACGGCCGCGCACACCUUAACGGCUUGUCCCUCUUGGACACGACAACGUGCGGCAUUAACGGCCGCCAUCGGACCGGACUUACCACUGCCAGCGUUGGUAAGUGCCAUGCUGAGCAGUGAGCAAAACUGGAGGGACGUGGAGAAGUUCGCCGAAGAGGUGAUCUCCAACAAAGAAGAGGCAGAGCGCGAUAGAGAAAGGCGGGCGCUGGACCCUCUUCGACGAAGACGACCAAGGCGACGUGUCAUCCGGAAUGAUAACUUGCCGCCGUAA